AUGGUACGCGUUGCAGCCGCAUCGCGCAAGAAGAAGCCACUUUUCCGUUUGCUUUCGCUGAUUGCAGUGUCCUGGGUGCUCAUUGCGAUCUUCGCCUUCGACAUCUUCAAGCAUAUCGACAGGAGGCACGGCAAGCCGCCCAUAGCACGCCGGACUGCAAGGGAGGCGCGCGGAGUGUGUGUCAGUUCCCGGACAGUGCAGGCGGAGGAGCCUUCGGGGGACGACGAAGAUCAGGAGCAAGCUGCCUCUGCGCAGACCACAGACUUGGUCGGAGAUGCCACGAAGGCCUACACGGCGGCAAAAUCACGGGAAAGCAUCCCUGCACUUGGCAGGAUCUGGCCGCAGCCCGACGAUUGCAAAAAGUGGCCAUCAAUCAGCUGGAAACGGCACAGCAGGCGGUUGACACCCUGCAGAAGGUGUGGCUACAAGAACUGGAAGCUCGCGGCAACACCGAAGAGGCCAAGGAGGCCAAGCAGGAGCUAG